CUCCAUAGGGUUUCGUUGCGUGAUUUAUCCCUCACCUCUGUCCUAGGGUUUUCCUGAAGAAACUUGCUUCUCAUCAAUGGAUCUUUCUAAGAAACGCAAGGCUGACGAGAACGGCAGAGCGUACCCGUUGGGGACAGACCUCAACAACACCAUGGCCGCCGCGCCACCGCCGCAGAUGAGCAUCUUAUCUCCCGAAGACGCCGAGAAAAUCCUCGAGCCAUUCACCAAGGAGCAGCUCCUACCUAUUCUACGCGCCGCCGUCCUCCGCCACCCCGAUGUCUUGGAGGAGGUGCGCGCCGUUGCCGACGCCGAUCCCGUCCAGCGCAAGCUCUUCGUCCGUGGCCUCGGCUGGGAAACAACCACCGAGAAACUCCGCCAGGAGUUCUCCGCCUACGGAGAACUCGAUGAAGCCAACUCUAUCGUUAUUACCGACAAGAACACUGGCAAGUCCAAGGGUUACGGAUUUGUGACGUUUAACCACAUCGAUGCUGCGAUUUUAGCCCUAAAGCAGCCGAAUAAGAAGAUUGACGGACGUAUUACGGUGACUCAGCUUGCUGCCGCAGGCAAUUCAGGUAAUUCCCACUCUACCGACGUGGCGUUGAGGAAGAUUUAUGUUGGUAAUAUUCCGUUUGAGAUUUCCUCCGAGAGGCUGUUGGCUCACUUUUCGAUGUACGGUGAGAUCGAGGAAGGGCCGCUAGGGUUUGACAAGCAGACUGGAAAGGCCAAAGGGUUUGCGUUUUUCGUUUACAAGACAGAAGAGGGGGCAAAGUCUUCACUGGUCGAUCCAAUGAAAACUGUCGACGGGCAUCAGUUGGUUUGUAAGUUGGCUACAGAUAACAAGAAGCAGAAGCCAAAUUCUGCUGGACCACCAGGUGGUGUAGCUCCGGGAAUGUCGAAUUCUGGCCACAUGGGUAUGCCAGCUAGGAAUUACGGAAUGGGAGGUUAUAUGGGGUAUGGUCAGGGGCCUAAUAUGCCUCAGCCGCCACAACAGGGUGGUAUGAUGCAUCAGAGUGCAGGCUAUAAUGCCGGCCAUGGCGGACCAGGUGGGCAGGGUUACGGCGGUGGAUAUGGUGGUGGCGCGUCAAUGUAUGAUGGUGCCGGAUCAGGGGAGUAUGGCGGAGGUAUGGGAAAUGCUGGGGGCUACCGGAUGCCGCCCAGUAGUAUUGGAAUGCAGAGCUCAGGCGGUUAUCCAGAUGGCGGCAACUAUGGAUAUCCACCCCCUCAGAACCACCCAGGGGGGCCGGGGCCCAGGAUGCCAGCUUACCAGGGCAUGCCACCAUAUUAAGUUCUCAGGGGAUAACGUUUAUGGCGAGAACCCUAUCAAAGGAAUGCCAGCUCUGGACAUGAAUGAAGCCUAGUAUGUGUGCAUUCAUUGUGCUUCAGCUGUUGCUUGCGCUGUUGGUUUAUCAGCUUCGAAGCUCCUCCAAUGAGAAACGUAGGAACUGAGUUAAAAAUGUAACCAAGGUCCAUGUGGAUUUGGCAGUCGUGUUCCGAAGCAAAGAUGUUUUGUGCCUGUCGGCACUGGUUUUGUCUGGCCCUAAACGGUCUGCAGUAAUGGGGGACUGAUUUUGUCAGACGUACAUUUUAUCAGGCGUAACUAAAGUUGGAAUCUUAUUAGAGGAGCGUGGGAAGGGAGGUGUGUUUAUCGGUCCUGCGAGUGCAGAGUACAAGGUUCUGUCUAUCGGAAGUUAUUUUUGGAUUUGAUUGAGUUGAAGCUAUAUUUAUGUAUAAUCAAUGUACUUCAAUAUAUAAUCUAGUUAGAUUUGGCAAUAGAAAUUAUAUCCUUUUUCAAUUCUGGGCAUUUUCUUCUUAAUAUCCUUAAUGUAUGUGCAGUCGACAACUCGAAGCUCUUUGUUCAUCUCGUCAAUGAACGGUGGUUAUUAAU